CAUAUCUGUGGCGGGAGAUAGACACAACAGGAUAGGCACGAUAUCGUUGUUUUGAUAUUUAAAAUAGUGUCAAUAUUAAGUAGUAUAGCAGGAAAGGUUGCGACAAUAGACGCCUAUGCUGGAGGAAAAGGUCAAAAUGGAUGAUUUCGGAAUUUAUGCGGUUUUCGGAGUAAACGGUCCGCCUCAAAGGCUGCUGAGCGCUGAAGGUUCGUGCAGGGUAGCUGUUGCAGUUCCCCCAAGUGUCCGGCAGGUGGUGCUGUUCAGCAGCGGGCCGUGGGGGGAGAGGAUCUGCGUCAAUGCGGAGCUCAACGACGCUGACCGGAUGCCCAUCACGAUCGGAAAACUGACUCCGUACAACAAGUGCCUGUCAUGGGAGCAGUGGGAAGAGGAGACAUGGACGGACAGCGUCAUACUGAAUGUCACUCUGGAAGGAGGAAACCUGGUAAAAGCAGAUUGUUCAGAACCAGAGCUCAUCCUGGCUGUGAAGGAAUACACACCAAAGGACACCGCAGCUCCCCUCGCAGCCCGGGAGCUCCACGGCAAGAGGAAGAGGGGCCGACAGUCAGAGGAAGACUGUGACGAGAGUAAGAUGACGAAGAGAGGGGAAGAAGAGAACGUGUGUCCAAAUGGCAGCGUGGUGGAGAAGACCACACCUGUGCGGAAGGCCAGAGGUCAGGCCAGAGGGGGGCAGAAGCUGUUCAGCAGUGGAGGAGAUGCAACAAAGACGAAGGGAACAGCUAAUGGAGCAGGAGAGGCGCAGGGGAUUGUGGGAAGAACGCCUCCUCAGAGUGCAGCCAGGACGAAGAGUAGGCAGGCCAAGACUCCCACGCAGACUGCCCCGUUGGUCAGCCCAUCAGGUCGCUGGGGUCAGACUCUGUGUCCCAUCGAUGCUCAGACAGCUAUUCUGAUUGGAGGGCAGGGAGCCAGGAUGCAGUUCUGCAAAGACCCCAUGUGGAAGCUUUGUACUGAGGACAUGUCCUGGGUUGCGGCGGAGACCCUGGCAGAGGGUCCAACACCAGAGGCCAGGAUCGGCCACACGGCCAUCUAUGAUCCAGACUCCAGGCGGAUCUUUGUGUUUGGAGGCUCAAAGAACAAAAAGUGGUUCAACGACGUUCACAUCCUGGACACGCAGAGCUGGAAGUGGAGUAUGGUGGAGGCUCAGGGUAAGGUUCCUCCUCUGGCCUACCACAGCUGCAGCAUGUUUCGGGGUGAGCUGUUCGUGCUGGGAGGAGUGUUCCCUCGUCCAAACCCAGAGCCUGACGGCUGCAGCGACUCACUGUACAUCUUCGAUCCCCACCUCUCCAUCUGGUACCAGCCUAUUGUAACUGGCGACACACCCUCCCCCCGCUCAGGUCACUCUGCGUGUGUGAUGCAGGAGAGGAAGAUCUACGUAUUUGGUGGAUGGGACACUCCUGUCUGCUAUAAUGACAUGUACAUGUUGGACCUUGGUCUGAUGGAGUUUUCUGCUGUGAAAACAUCUGGCAAAGCCCCGUCUCCUCGAAGCUGGCACGGCAGCGCUGUGCUCUCAGACACAAAGUUCCUGAUCCACGGGGGUUACAACGGAAACAACGCUCUCAGUGACACCUUCAUCUUUGAUAUAGACACCAACAGCUGGACAGAGGUGACGCUCCCCCAGCUCUCCGUCCCCAGGGCGGGACACUCCAUCAUCUCCAUGGAAACAGCCGGCCUCGGCCGUUUCUCAGGGGAGGACGAAGAAGCAGACGCGGGCUCCAUCAGCAGAACUCUGCUGGUGUUCGGAGGCGGAGACAACGAGGGCAACUUCUACUCCGACCUGACGACUGUCACUGUGGAGGAACUGCUCGCUGCUAUUUAAAGAGCGCGCGUCAGAGGUGAAUCCUCACUGCCUGACUGGACGUGAAGCAGUUUUAACACCCCCACAGACUCUUCAUUAUUUAUGUUCCUAUAGUUUGUCUUUGUUUCAGCCCUCUCUUCUUUCUAUUGUUUUUUUAAAGGGAAAAUGUGCGAUGUGCAGUUUGGACAUUUCUUGAAUACAGAUCUCAAACUGUAAAGACUCAAGAUUCGUCAGUCUCUCCUUGUGGAUCCAUAUUGAUAAGAACAAUUGUUUAAAACAUCAAAUAUUUCCGAUUAUUUUUGUCACCAAGGAGAUGACAUUUUUAUGUACAUAGUUUAAUUUCUUCGUCAGGUAAAAUGUAUGUUUUUAUCUUGGAUUCAUUUAAUUUUUACUUAUGAAUAAAUGGUGCUUUCAGUAGCCUUCAUAGCCUCUGGACAGCUGCGAGUGCAUUACCAGUUUUCAUUUUGCUCCAAAUCAUGACACUGUUUGUAUUUGCCAUCAUCUGUGUGUGUUUUCAUGAAAAGAAAAGCCUCGGUUCCUGUUCCUGUGCUGUUGUGAUCUGCACUUAGCGUCUGUCUUCUCUUAAUAAACAUUUGAUCUUC